AUGAAGAAAAAGCCGAUAACACAAGGUUCGGAACUCAGGCCAAACCAUGCACUGACUCUCGAGAUAAAACAUCACUUGACCACAUUUACCGCCACCAUGACCAGACCACGCGUGCCCUCUGCCUGGUCAGUGGGUCCGUGGGCAUUCACUGUCAUGUCGGCAUGCCUGGUGACUGCUCUCCUGGAAGAUGACACGAGCAACAAGGACCACAUCGUGCCCUCGUACACCUCUGUGGAUGACAGCGAAGACUUAAUGGCUUUUCACAAACGGGCUUGGCAGGUCGCUGCCAACUCCCGCUAUUACAGGCCAACCUUCGACGGCCAGAAGCAAGGGAAGGAAGCGCCCGACACGCCCUUCCUUGAGGAGGCGACGUCGGCCAGGCAAGCGGAUGACGUCCUUCCAGACUCGCCUCCCGUGGACGGCAUGACGGAGGCGCAGCGGCAGAUGGUUCAAUUGCUUCAGGAACGGGACUGGAGGGUCGUGGUGCGCGAUCCCAGCUUCAGGGAGCUGCUGAAGAAGGAGAUGGUUCGCUCGGGAGUCCUUCACGACCACGAGUCCAUCAUCCAGGCCGCCACGGAGGCCGCGGAGAGGGUCGAGGAAUCCACGGACGGCAAAGACGACGACGAGGAGCUCCUCAGGCAGAUCGUGGACGAGGCGGAGGUGCGAGGUCUGGAUUCCGGGAAGGUCGCCGGGCUGGAGCGCGAGUUGAGGGGCGCCCUCCGCCGGGAGCCGCGUCAGAACAGCAUCUACGACGUCCUGGAUGGCGUUAGGAAUUACAACAGCCCCAAGGCGUCGAGGAAAGGGACGCGGCACCGCCACGAAGGCUAUAACACGGGCUCCCCCUUCGCCGUCGUGCCCUUGAACGACAUGAUGGGCAUCUUCCAGGCCCUGAACGGCGAGUACGGCGCGGCCUCCAGUAGCUACGCCUCGCCCCCCAGUUCGGGCUACGGCGCGCCGCCCAAGUCCUCGGGCUACGAGAAGCCUCCGAAGUACGUGCACCUGCCGCCGAUCAAGGGCCCCACCUACUACCCUCCGAUCGAGGUCUGUCCCUCGGGCCACAGCGGCGUGUUCGCCUUCUUCGCCUUCAUCACCCUCACGCUCACCCUCAUGAUCGACUUCACGCUGUCGGUCAUGGUGGACAUCAACGCGACUGGCAUCGGCGGCAUCGGUGGCUCGACAAUCAUUAACAACAACAAUAACAACAACAACAAUAAUAACAACAACAAUAACAAUAAUAACAAUAAUAAUAAUAACAAUAACAACGGUCGAUCGUUUAAUCUGUUCCCAAAUGACUUGGGCGGUCUGGACAUCGACUGGGCUCUGGUCUCUGACUUGGACCUCAUCGACCAAGACGUCCUCAGGGAUACUCGGAAAACGAGAGACGCGUCCGAUUCCUUCCCCGAGACGCCAGCGACGGAGAGCGACUCGGACAGGCCCAGAAUCAUCUUCGAUCGCUGGAAGAGACUCCUUCCGCACGGGUCGAUGUUCGUCUUUCCAAAGGCCAAGGGCGAAGUGGCCACGACUGCUUCGGAGAUCGAGAGGUUCGGGUUCCUGAAGCAGUACCCCACCUACGGGUCAGAGAAUCCCCAGGCGGAGGACGCCGCGUCUCAACUCCUGGAAGUAGGACAGGGAGUCUUCCUCAGUUCGGCAUCUCUCUUGCGCGCAAGAGAUUUUGAACCCCUGCAGAAGGGGCAUAGAGAGAAAGAGUUACAGAGCACUCUAGACACUGGCUUAUACAGUACUACGAGUCUUCAUAAACAUUUAAACUCUUCCUUUCUCUACUUCCACCCGGAUUACGGCCCAAAGACCUCCAUCCACGCGACGCCUACCAUUGUCUCCACAUUAACGGCAGCAGUUCCUUUACCACCUGCCGUGAAAAAGCCAAAUCAAACAGAAAAAGAAAAGGGACAAGAUGACAUCAAACAAGAGGAAACAAAACCACCGCCAUCGGAAUCUGAAGGCAGAGACGCCAGCAAGCGAGAAGGAAAUCGAGACAGCCGACCCCCCUUCCCUCCGAUGACGAGAAGGCAGAGGCGCGCGCAGCAGAGGCGGGCUCGGCGCCUGUCCGCCACGAGACCCGAAGACGUGCCGAACCUCCAUUACCAGUCCGUCAUCCUGCCGGGGAACAAGAUCAAUCUGCGCGAGUGGUGCCUAGGAGGUCGGGAAUGCCACGAGGCGGCAGUGAGGGCCAUGUUCAGUGUGGCCCGAGGGUAUAUGCUAGCCCUAGCUGAGACACAGAGACACUGUGCCCUUUGGUUUAUCUGCGACGCCUCUGCAAGGGCCAUUGCAGAGGGCGCUGUAGGGGCGAUGGCCGCUACCCUCGCUAGCGGCGUAACCAGUCUCUACCCGACCGUCGUGUCUGGAGCGGGUCUUCGAGAGGUUAUUUCGGCUAGAAAUGUAGGCCUACGGACCGCCGACUGCUCCAGGUUCCUCGUUCGAGAAUGUCGUCUGGCCAACGGUGGAGAAGCGGGUUGAUGAAAACGUGUGUAGAAAAGGGGGCGCAUGGAUGAGAAUGGGUACUUUGGCGAUGUUGAUGGCGGAUCGAGCUUACGUCUUUGUCAGAACUGCCUAAUUCUGAGGAAGAUGGAUACUUUGGUGUUGAUGGCGGAUCGAUCUUGCGUCUUUGUCAGAACUGCCUAAUUCUGAGGAAGAUGAAGAGCCCGAGGCGUUGGUUGCAUGGCUUGUAUCGUGUAAUCCAUUGUCUAUCGUAAUAUUUUUCCUACAUUCGACGCAGUGGACACCAAGCACCUCGAGUACCUUGUCGCCAGAAGAGACAGUGAUCGCAAGAAAACUGCUUUCUGUGUUCUGUGAAUGCGGAAGAUCUUAAAACUUGUGUCGCGCAGUUUUACAAAGACGGUUUACCUUCAACUAAAUGUGAUGCAGUAAGGAUAUAUCUUUACAAAAACUCAUUAUCCAUGUGACUAUGUCUUUGUUUACAGGAAUUGUUAAAGGCAUUCUAUAAGAGAAUAACGUGACCUUAACCCGUGAAUCAUCGCAUAGUUUAGCGUCAUGUUCGGUGUUGUUUACUAAACCUCUUGUGGGUUUUACCUCCCUUGGUAAUCCUGUUUAGAAAGUGAAGACAAAAUAUUGUAAAUAUAUUAUGUAAACAAAAUUGAAAGCUACUGAUACACAGAUUAAAAUUAGAAAUGUGUGAAGACAUUUGGUCCAUCUUUUUAUCUGCAAGACAAUAUUCUAUAUGUGUUUUCCUCUUUCAACAACGUGUAAUACAGGUUUAUAUACUUGAAAUGCCUCAAAAUAAACGAUUCCUUUCAAACAAGAACCCAUCAAUCACAAUCUUAUAAUCAUGUAAUAUGUAUUUUAUCUGAUUAAUAAA